AUGCGUCGCCGGAUGAACGAGUUUGAAAAAUUAGCGCAGAAGGAGCUCAGAAAUCAUCAGUGGGUCAUCGCAAAUAUUCCGUCUGGCACCGGAUUCGUUGGCAGCACAAUGGCCCUCCUUACCGCUAUUGUGGUAUUCUGCUACUCAAUCAAUGCACCAGCCAGUGACUUCUCUUCGAUAUCCAACACAGAAGCACUUCAAUCAGUGGCUAAAAUAAUCAGUUCCCGAAACAGCCUCGCUAGCAGUCUUGCAUUGUGUAGUACCAUUAUCACAUGGGUUUCUUCUCUGAGGAACCUCCCAGUCCUGCACGCAGAAGCGUAUACGUAG